AUGUUAAAGAACAAUGUAGAAGAAGACUCAACCACACCAGGUAUACUGAGUAGAUUUGUCAACGUGUCCAAGAGGUACCUGGGUAAAGCAGCAGUAGCUGUUGCUGAAGAGGCAGCGCAAGUUGUACGUGAGAAAUUUGGUGAACCCUCCAGUCGUGAUCAGGAUUAUUACAAGAUGGAGGCCACUCCCAGAGCUACAGAGCCAGCGCAAGUUGUACGUGAGACAUUGGGUGAACCCUCCAGUCAUGAUCAGAAUUAUUACACGAUGGAGGCCACUCCUAGAGCUACAGAGCCAGCGCAAGUUGUACGUGAGACAUUGGGUGAACCCUCCAGUCAUGAUCAGGAUUAUUACAAGAUGGAUGCCAACCCUAGAGGAAUGUGUAUAAUAAUUAACAACAGAGAUUUCUACUAUGACCCAUCUGAUUCUGGUUGUAGGAACCUAGGCCAAAGAAACGGCAAAAGAAAACUUGAAGAAACCUUUGAGAAACUAGGCUUCUUUGUGAGUACUCACGAAAACCUGACUGACAAAGAAAUGAAGGACACUGCAGAAACAGUUGGUAAGAUGGACCAUGACACGUUCGACUGUUUGGCCUUCUGUGUUUUAUCACACGGGAAGGAGGGAGAGAUCUACGGAAGCAAAGGUCGGGCGGUUAACAUGUCUGAACUCACAGGACCGUUCAAAUCGCAGAGGUGUCCAUCUCUGGCGGGAAAACCAAAACUGUUUUUCAUUCAGGCCUGUCAGGGAAGAAGAACACAGGGUGGUCGAAGAGUACAGACUGACAGUCAACCUUUCCAAGACGAAAACGUCACACGGGGUAAUAACGUAAUUCCCGAAGAUGUCGAUUUUCUAAUAGCAUAUGCCACAGUACCUGGAUGUGUGUCAUAUAGAUCGACACAGAAAGGAUCGUGGUUUAUAUAUCAUCUAACGAAGAUACUGAACGAGUAA